AUGACGCUCUCAAAAUCCAAAGAUCCUCCCCACGGUGAAGAUCUGGAUCUUCAAGAAAAAAAUGCGUCUGAAAGCGACCCGGAAGACGAAAUACUAAGUCUAUCCCAAACUGAAACUCUUCAUAAACACGUUGACGAAAUCGAUGAUCUGGAUAUCAUAGAAGAACUGCAAUGUAAAUUGAAAAACGACUACAAAGAAAUAUCAGGGGCUCUAGCAGGAAAUUACCUGGAGAGAAUAGAUGAGAUGGUGGAUCAAAUAGAUUCGACCAUGAACCGACUGAACAAAGAUCUUUCGACUUUCGAAAAAAAGCAAAAACAGGCUAAGAGAAACAACGAACUGGCUGCUGCAAACCCGAUCGAUAUACCUAUAUUUAAGCAUGCAUUUCAACAGGCAUUGGAACCCUAUGUGACGGAGAUGAAAAUCUUGGAGAAUCAGACAAGAUAUGAUUUUGAGCUGUACGACCAAGAAUUGCAUAGAGAUCGAGAUAUCAUAUGGAAACAGUAUUUAGCAGAUGUUUCGAAGGCCAGAGAAGAAAUAAGGGAAAGGCUAUCGAAAGAACUAGAGGAAGAGAUAAAGCCCAUGCCAACACCAUCAUUACUGAAUAAGGAGGAUACCGUCUGGGAUCCCUCGCGAAUGUUCCCAGCGCAACAGCGUUCGUCCCAGGGUCCCGAGAACUCAAUUGAGGACGACGAUGAGCUCGACCGAGAUAUCCUCCUUCUACGCACGCUCAUAAAUCGAAAGGCAAAUAAAUAG